UGUACUUCUCAUUUAUUUUUUUCCCUCUUUAAUAUAAGAUUUCUGAUUACCUAUCAAAAAAAAGGAUUGAGAAGAUGCAAUGGAACUUCUUAUGGGGUGGUAUGGAGGAUGAGUCUUAAAAAUUCACUUAGUGAGAUGGGCAAGGUUUGUAACCCUAUGCCUAAUGGUGGGCUAGUAAUAAGGAAGAUUACCACCUUCAACAAAGCUUUAUUGGGGAAAUGGUCGUGGUGGUUUGGGAAUGAGGAGACAUGGCUUUGGAGGUAGUUGGUAGAAGCAAAAUAUGGGUGGAUUGCAGUCAAAAUUGGGUAGGGGUUCUUAUGGUUGUGGUUUAUGGAGGAAUAUUUUGGGAAGUUUUUAGUCAUUUUACCUGGUUUAAGGUUUGGAUGGGGAAUCGGUUGAAGUUUUGGUAUGAUUGUUGUUGUGGUGAUCAAUCUUUGAAUGAGGCUUACCCGAUUCUAUAUGACAUUGCUAUUGAUAAGGAGGCUUCGGUUGAUUCUUCUUUGAUUAGGCAAGGGGUGGGGGAGAGGAGGAUAUGGGAUGUUAGAUUUUUUCGUGACUUUAACAAUUGGGAAUUGGAGCUAGUAGUGGACUUUCUUCAUAUUCUGGUGUCUAAUUCUCUUGCUAGUGAUGGUGGGGAUCUUAUGUGGUGGGUGCCAAAGAAGAAAGGGGUAUUUGAUAUUUGCUUGUUUCAUAAUACACUAAGAGGUUCCUCUUCGGUCAUAUUUCCUUGGAAAGGUAUCUAGGGCGUCUAGGUACCUAGAUGGGUUUCUUUCUUUGUUUGGACUGUGGCUUGGGGGAGGAUUCUCAAUGGUGAUAAUUUGAGGAGGAGAGGUUUCCCUCUUGUUGAUUGGUGUUAUAUGUGUAGGGGUAGUGGAGAGACUGUAGAAAGGAAUGGAAUAGUUAUAAGGGAAUGCCUAUUCCAUUCCCUCCUAAGCAUUCCUUUCAAAAAAUAAGAGGAAUUAUGAUUUAUUUAAUGAA